AUGAAGUUGCAGGCCCAUGAUACAAGAGAAUCUAUCCUCUUUUUCUCUCUUUUUUCUCUUUUGUAUACUUUCACCCCACUAAAACACAUUCUUGUCAUUUUCAUUCUCAUAUCAGUUCUCAUUGUUAUAGCAAAAGAGAAAGAGAGAGAGCUAAGAAUGGAAGAGGACUUUCAAGGGAGACCAACAGAGUUGCAACUGCAAUGUUUCAGUGCAAGGAUCAUGUCGCCAGAAAUCGUUGAGAUCGGAGAGGAAAGUAAGACUAUUAUUAGUAGCAGAGACGGUGCUGCAACUGACGUCUACGUCGCCGUGGGUAAAGAUGAUAUAGAUGUGCUUAAAUGGGCCCUUAAUCAUGUCGUCUCACCAGAUCAUAAUCAAAGAUUCGCAGAUCAGUCAUCAACAACUUUUCUAGUUGGAAGAUUAGCAAGAAGCCAACUGACCCGAGAACAAUUAAGAGUGUAUAUCAAUGAAGAAAACAAUAGAAGGAGAAAUUUGUUGGAGAAAUACAUCCGCUUAUGCACUGAUGCCAAGGUGUUAUUAGAUCAGUUCCUCCGACUCUCCUGUCAAAACAAUAUCAUACGUUUUAAUCACUCAAACAUAACUCAUCACUCAAAAUGUAAAAGUAGACACAUUGCUUUUAGAGAGCAAUACAACAACCAAAGCAAUCCUUCGACUAAUUCCAGUGCUCAAUAUCACAAAUUUGGUUAUGGGGACCAAAACACCUCUUUCCACUAGACCACUGUUAUGUAAGGGAUGCAUGUCCCGAGCCCGAGCGCACUACUCGUUUCAACCAACUAGUAGUAUCACAUUCUUGACUGUUUGGUAAUAUGGUUGAAACAACAUCCCUAUAGUUCGUACUACGUUGCUGCUAUUGGGUUGUCCGUACAAAAAAGAAAAUUCUUUCCGAAUUCUCAUAUGAUAUGUGGGAUUUGUUAAUAGGCUAUUAGGGAAGAGAAUGAGGACAGGAGAGAUAGUGAAAAAGAAAGCACCAGAAUUUUGCGAGGUUACCAUUGUUUAUGAAGGCAAAAAAGUGGAUGAACAUCAACAACAGCAAAUGGGUUUGCUUUCUUCUUCACAAAAUUCCGAUUGCAGGCCGCGGCGCUACGGGAAGAAUUUGUUUGAUUGGGUUUGCUUAUCAAGCAGGUCUGGUUGCCAUUGUUAAUCCAAUAAACAAAGCAAGAAGAGGAUCGCAGAUAGAUCCAAUUUCCCAUGGAUUAUACCAUAGUGUUAUGUAAAAUUUAGGAUUAUAUGCUAUUAUACUACGUUUUUAUAUUACGUAAUUAUGCAACAUUACGUAAAAUGUAAUUAUAUUAACUUUCCCUUUUCCGUAAGGAAUAUGGAAAAGGUUUUGUUUAAUUAUAAAUAGGCAGAGGCCAAUCUCAAAUUCUCAA